AUGGAUUCAAAGAAAGUGGCUCAAUCACUUUACGAGGCAUGGAUGGAUGGAAAAGAUCAAAAAAGCAACGAGGACGAAGAGCGAGCCGAUUCCGGCUUCAAGCACGUGACAUUGAGUCGUAAAAGCAAAUUUGCAUACGAUAAUGCGUAUCGACAAAGUAUCUCGAAAUCACCGAGCCCUUUCGAGUUAAAACCGAACCACCAAGCCUUGGAACAACCUGUGAGAAGUCAGAGUGUUUUGUGUGCUGCUCAAUCGGUUCCUUUGAGAGUGCCACCUUCAAGAAAGAAUAAAAACAAAAGUUUGAAAAGAAAUAGCAUCGCUGUUGGGCCAUCGAGAAGACAAAAUUUUCGCGCAAAGAGUGCACAAACGAAUGAGGAGGAUUGGGAUGAAGUCGAAUUCACCCUUUUCUAUCGCUGGGUCACAAAUGGAAAAGAAUCGGAUAUAAAUGAAGAGACAAUUAUUGCUCUUUUAUUCAAAAAAAAUCAAGGCAAAAAGAAUAUGAUG